GAAGCGUGGUACCGGUGCGAUAAUCUGCCUAGCAACCACGAAGCCGGCUUUAAAGCGGUAACUUCAGUACGUCCUGUGGAUAGGGUUCCCGCCCGGUAGCGUGAAGCAGAGUCCGGUGGACUCGUAGUACCAGGGGACGGGACUCAACGAGGGUCUCGAGUUCUACAAAACAAGGCUGACCCCAGAGAUCACCACGGAGUCCCCGAGGCCCCAACCGGGGGAGGAGUCGAUCCCCCCCGCUGAGGUGAGAACCGGCGGGAGAGCAACGCGGCCUCUGAGAGGUCCAGGGACAGUUGGCCGAGAGAUGCUACACUGGGUAGCUAAGUGCUUGGGAACAACGCCAUGGCGGAUGAAACUUGUCGGACACGGAGUCAGAAGAGGGCUCUAGAGAGAGAGGUGAUCCCGAAUGACUUUGAUAGUAAAAAGAUCAAACUGGAGAAAGGACUUUUGGAUAUAAAAUCAGACACUGAUCUUCUGAUGAGGGCUGAACAUGGAGUUAGCAAAGUUCCUGGUCUUUUGAAGGGUGGGGAAGUAAAAGCAACUAUUAAAGUGGAGUUACAGACAGGAGAUGAACCAAUGGAUAUGAGCACCUCAAAAAGUGAAGUAAAAAAAGAAAGAAGAGUCCCUUCUCCAGAUGUCAUUGUGUUAUCUGAUAAUGAGCCUUCCAGUCCAAGAAUGAAUGGCUUAACUAAGCUUCCGAAAGAACCGACCUCUGAAACUUUCCUGCUUUUGCAGAAAAGCAGCCCAGAAGAACGAGAGCGAAUGAUCAAACAACUCAAGGAAGAGUUAAGGUUAGAAGAAGCCAAACUUGUUCUUCUUAAGAAGUUACGUCAAAGCCAGAUCCAGAAGGAGACAGCCCCCCAGAAGGUAACAUCACGAAUCUCUGGCGCGGUUAUACCUCCUCCUUUGGUUCGAGGAGGACAGCAGUUGCCAUCUAAGCAAUCCACCCAGAUUGUAAUGCCACCUCUCGUUCGAGGAGCACAGCCCAUCUCUGUCUCUCCCCAGCAAAUACACAACAUCAGACAGCAUCCCAGCACAGGACCCCCACCGUUGCUUCUGGCCCCUAGGGCAUCUGUACCCAAUGUCCAAAUGCAAGGGCAGAGAAUUAUUCAGCAGGGAUUAAUCAGGGUGGCAAAUGUGCCCAGUACAAGUCUUCUGGUCAACAUCCCACAGGCAUCCCCAACUUCUUUGAAAGGAUCAUUGGGAACAGCCAGUAAUGCUAACAGCAUCUCGAGUGCCAACUCGAAUGAAUCUCCUGCCAGUAGGCAAGCGGCUGCCAAAUUGGCUCUACGAAAGCAGUUAGAGAAGACUCUGCUAGAGAUCCCUCCUCCUAAGCCUCCUGCCCCAGAGCUCAACUUCCUCCCCAGUGCAGCUAAUAAUGAAUUUAUCUACUUAGUUGGGCUUGAGGAAGUGGUCCAGAACUUGCUGGAGACACAAGGUAAAAUGGUGCAGGCACCCUCUUCCCACGAGCCUUAUAGCUGUGCCCAAUGCAAAACGGACUUCACCAGCCGCUGGAGGCAGGAGAAGAGUGGGACCAUCAUGUGUGACGUGUGUAUGACCUCGAAUCAGAAGAAGUCACUGAAGGCUGAGCACACCAACAGACUGAAGGCUGCCUUUGUGAAGGCUCUGCAACAAGAGCAAGAGAUUGAGCAAAGGAUAUUGCAGCAAAGCUCCUCUCCAGCACAGACUAAGACAGAACAUCCUGUGCAGCACCAUUCUCUAAAACAGAGUCCAACACCUAUAUCCCGUGGACUGCCAGGGACCACGAGAGGAGUCCUGCAUACGUUUCCCCCUACGACCAAGUUGGCCAAUUCAGCAACCCUUGUUAGUCGGUCGCUAAAGCCUGGUGAGCGUCCUUUGAACAAGAAUAACAUGACAACCGGAAACUGGAAGAAGAGCCCUAUGAAUGCAGGUGGGACGUUAGCCUUUGUGAACCCUGGCCUCUCUGUACACAAGUCUUCACCAGCUGUGGACCGCCAACGGGAAUACCUCCUAGACAUGAUUCCUCCUCGCUCAAUUACCCAAUCCUCUACGUGGAAAUAAUAAACAGAGCCACAACAGUGACAUAAUAAGCAGACAAAAAACAUGCAAAUGUGGAGAACAUGAGAAAUAAGGGAUGGUUUCCCAGCACUGCCCUUGCCCUCAAGCAGUGUGCAGAAAUAGAAACCUCCUGGAGAACCUGCUUCAUUUGUUCUAUUUUUCCUGCUGUUGAGGAUACAUUGUAACCUUUCACAAUGGAUUGUGGGCAAGGAUGGUUUCAGAGGAGUGCGAAGGAGGAUUACAGACACACCCCUCCACGUUUUCUUUUCAAGUUCUUGAUUAGACUUGCAUAUCUUUUGAAGUCUCAAUCCUGCAUUUUUUUUUGUCUUUACUUUUUAAUGGUGUAUGUCUAAGCCCCCAAAUAUUUUUUUCCUUCACAGCCCUAAAUUAUCAAGAGGAAAACUUUACUGCCUCCCCCUUCCAAUAGAGGCUUCACUGAAUGCAUUUGCCCAGUGUGGUUUUGAGAAGGUUUAACUGGAUCUUUUUAGUUUUCUCUUCUCUUGUUGCUGCAUUGUUUAACCAAUCAAGUUCACUUCAGAUACUAGAGCUAUACUACUUUUGCAAGGGGUAUGGGAGAGCAUUUGUUGAUAGGGAAAACAUACAAAGUUACAGUCCAUUCUGGUUUCUUAUCACUGUACUAAAGCAUAUUCAACCAUCUACAAACAUAAGUAAAUUAAAAAGAAAAAAGUUAACCAAAUAUUCAGGUUUGUUUUCCCUGAUCAUAAAAGGAGACUCAAGUUGAUCUGUAAACCAGCCUGUUAAGCUAAAAAAAAAUAAAAAAUUCAGAAAUCAGUUUUCCCAUUUAUCUACAGCUCAAGCAGCUCCUUCUAUAUUUAAGCAAGCACUGUAUGUCAAAUUGGCCUGAUCCCAGCCAUGCACCCCACCCCAAAAAAAAAGCUCUCACCCUUUCAUCAGAACUUUUGUCCCGUAAUAAUCAUACUACGGUUUAACAUUUUGACCGAUUUUUCUUUUCUUUACAAAUCAAGUUGCUAUUUAAGACCAUGGGAGAUGGAGGAUUAAAAAAAAUAUAUAUAUAUAUAUAAAAGUGCAUAAAGUAUAAAAUCCACCAAUCCCUUAAAAAAGGUUCAUUUUAAUUCUGUUGUGUGAAUAUAAAUGUUUAGAUACUUUUUUUGAUAUAUGCAGUUGCUUAGGGUUUAGUUUUUGUUUCUUUGGGGGGUGGGGAGGGUUGAAUAUUUUUCCUCUGUUGUAUAAAAACCCUAGAAUUUAAACUUGACUUUUUUUGCGUGUAUGAUAAAUUAGAAGGGGUGAGAGAAUAUUAUAUAAAUAUAUAUAUUAUUUUUGUUCCAUUCCAAAAAGGAGGGCUUUUUUUAGGGAAAGGUUUAAAUGGCUGGAUUUUUUUCUGCCCAGGAGCACGAAAUGCAAACAACUUAAUUUUGGGUUCCCUUUAAUAAGCCAUGUUUUCCUUUUUUCAGGCUAUAAGGUAUCCACAAAUAUUGAAAUAUCUUUAAGUGGUAUCUUGUAAUCUCCAGUCUGAGUGCCUUAUUGCACUCCUAUGUCCUUCUAAAAAGCAAAACUUAUUAGUUUUUAUUUCUUCCCUGUUUGUACUCCUCAAAUUAUAUUUAUGCCCUCAGAUCCCCAUAAUCUUCUGCAAAAAAUGUUGUUUAUCAAACCAAACCCGUUCUGCAGCUUAAAGAAGUGGAAUCCUGCAGCCAUGUUUCUUUUUACAGUCCACUGCACUGUCAUUUUGAGGAGUACAAAUGGUUUAUGGAAACUAAUUAUUUACAGCUUUUUAAGCCUUUCCAUAGGCGCCUAUCCCUCCUGCCCUGGACAUGAGUGGAUAGGUAGCGGAGUGCAGUUUUUAUUGCACUCUUAGCUUCAAGGUGCAAAUGUUUCUGCUCCAUGGGAGGAGAAAGUGUGUCUGCCAGAGUGUGUGGGAACCUGCGAUGCCCUAUCAUUGAUAGAACUAGCUGUUUCUAUUUAAUCACACUGGCCAGAACUGCAUUUCUGAAUAAUAUUAAUAAAUAACUAAGCCAA